CAACAUCAGAGUACAAGCAGUACAUAAACCCCGCAAGAGCUGAAAAUGGGUCAGCAGACAACAUAGCACUCUGGCAUUUUCCACACCCAAGAUGACGAUUCAAGUCUAUUGCGAUCCGUGUACGGUCAACUCCCGCAAGGUUCUUGCUGGGCUGGAUCAGAUGAAAGCGGACUACAAUCAGAACUACAUCAACUACUUCACGGGCCAGCACAAGAGCGAGGAAUUCAAGAAGAUCAACCCACAUGCAACCGUCCCAGCUGCUACAGACGGCGACCUGGUCAUCACCGAGUCCAAUGCGAUUCUGGCGUAUGCUGCAGAUGUUUCUGGAGCCGAGUCCAUGUACCCGAAGGAUCUCAAGCAGCGCGCCCUAGUCAACAAGUGGCUUCUCUGGGAGGCCUGUCAAUGGUUCCCCUCAUGCUACAUCUACAUAGUCGAGAAUGUUGUGAAGCCUUUACUGCAGUCUGAACCAGACCAAAAGGUCCUUGACAGCGAAUCAGAGCGUUUCAACACGCUCGCUGGAAUCCUCAACGAUCAACUCGGGAAGACGAAGUGGCUCACUGGCGAGAACGUCACGAUUGCGGACUUCGCGGUCGCGGCGCCCAUGCAUCUCCACGAGGCAUCGCGUUUCCCGCUCGAGAAAUACCCGAACCUCAAGCGGUGGAUGAUAGAGGACAUGGAGCAGCUCGAUGGCUGGAAAAACACGCAGGGAGCCGUCGACAAGGCGCUGCUCUCCAACGCAACGAGCAACGGCCAGUCAAAGACCGCACAGCCUGAUGUACGUACCACCGUCAAUUACACCCGCGAGGUAGACCAGCUCACGGAGAUCUACUUCUAUGAGACCGAGAAAGCUAAGGGCAUCCAUGAACCAGGCGACUCGGCAGUAGAGAUCACGGUCGCGGACGCGUGGCCGCGCGCGCACGACUUCACGCUCGACAAGAACGGCUUCUCGCUGCACGCAUUCACGUCGCGGCACAGCAACUGGGAAGACGAGCAGCACGUGCGCACGCAGUUUUACCCAGAGGUGGUGCAGUUCCUCAAGCGCGAGCUCGGCGUCCAGCGCGUGCUUGUCUUCGAUCACACGAUACGCACUGAAUCAAAUGCGCAGAAGGCGCUCACAGACGAGAAGAACACGUCCCAGCGCUCGCCUGUCAUGCUCGUGCACUGCGACUACACUGCUGAGUCGGGCCCGCUGCGGGUGCAGCAGCUGCUUGGCGACGAGGCGGCGGACCUGCUCAAGCGGCGUGUCGCAUUUAUCAAUGUGUGGAAGCCCAUUAAUCGUGUUGUGGAGGAGCGCCCGCUCGCCAUGUGUGACGUUCAGUCGUGCGAGGACAGCGAUUUCUUCAAGCUGCAUCUGCGAUACCGUGACCGCAAUGGUGAAAACUAUGUUAUGAAGCACUCACCGAAGCACAAGUGGUAUUACUUCCCCAAGAUCACACCAGAGCAAGUUAUUCUCCUCAAGACUUUCGAUUCUUCGCCUGAUGUGGCUCGCUUCGUAGGCCAUACUGCGUUCAAAGACCCGACCAGCCCUCCAGAUGCCCCACUGCGUGAGAGUGUUGAGAUCCGCACCAUAUGCUUCUACUAGUGUCUAAUACAGAUAAUUCAGGUGCUCAGCUCAUUUACCGUUCGUGCCGUGAUAUGUACUAGUCAGGGUGCUGUCUGGUGGAUGAUUACGUUCACCGCUCUAGUGCAGGGCUUCCAGCUAAGUUGGGAUCUAGCCCUAGGCUUCAAAAUGAGACCCAAAUUUUGCGAACUCUUCCUCUAUUCGAAACUAUUGUGUUAGAGUGCACUUCGCUGAACGGCGUUGAUAGCUAUGUCGACUGCAUAGGACCGUUCCCUGGUUCACUGCCGUAAAGGACACCGGACAUGAUGGUGAGAGACAGCUCAACAUCCAAGCUCAAGUAUAGUGAGCGUUGGGCUGGCGUGAG